AUGGCUAUAUUUCUAUUCAAGUAUAUCCGUGGAAAACUUCGAGAACGCGAAGCCCAAAAAGCCGUUCCUACCACAGAUGAUUCUCACUUGGUGCCUGAGUGCAUAUCAGCGCAUGAACUUCAAGACGGCGUGAACAAUCACAAUCACACAUCCUCCCAAGAUUCAACAGGAAGCCAUAUCAACUUCCUCGCCUCAGAAGAGGUGACACAAAGAAAAGCUCAAGACCGCAAAAACAAGAUUCGACAGUGGAAGUUGUUGUUAGGACUUGUGUUACCAAACUUCCUAGCUGCCAUGGAUGUCACUAUCGUCGCUCCAGCAAUUCCGCUCAUAUCAUCCCAUUUCGACAAGCUCUCCGGAAGCUUUAAUUGGAUCGUAGCAGCCUACACCUUGACAUUCACCACAUUCAUCCCGAUGUCUGGGCAAUUAGCAGACAUCUACGGCCGCCAUUUUUCUCUGCAAUUCGAAAUGUUCUGGAUCAUGAUAGGCAGUGUACUCUGCGCCUCUGCUCAAUCCUGGGGCAUGCUGCUUGUAGGAAGGGCACUGCAAGGGUUAGGUGCUGCAGGCAUCAUGAGUUUGAGCCGGAUUAUAUUGUCGGAUGGUACGACACUUGCUGAGAACUCGAGUAGCAAUUCCAUCUUGUCGUUGAUCAGUGGGUGCAGCUACGCGGUAGGACCCGUUAUAGGAGGACACCUCGCAGAUUCAGGCUGGCGCUAUAUAUUCGUGCUCCCCAUCGGAGUCGCAGUCCUCGCCAUGGUCCUCAUCGCGCUCCUCAUGCGCAAAGAACUCGUUCAAGGCCGCGCAACCACUCAAUCCCCAACCUCACAGCACAAAACUUAUAUGUCCGGCCUCGCAAUCAUCGACUGGCCGGGCCUCAUCACAUUCAUUCUAGGUGUCGGUUGCAUCAUCCUCGCCACACAAUGGGGCGGAACCCAAUACGCCUGGUCCUCUCCCGCCGUCAUCCUCCCCCUCGCCAUCGGCACCAUCUUCUGCAUUCUCUUCUUCACCCACGAGUACCUCCUCGCCCCCAACCGUGCCAUGUCGCGCUUUUUCCCCCGCCAAAUCCCUAUGAUCCCAUCGACCCUCUUCCGCAAAAAAGACACGACACUCCUCAUGAUGAUCAACUUCUCCGCGGGAAUCAGCAUGGUCUGCGCGUUUUACUUUAUUUCGUAUUACUGGCAGCUUACAGAGGGGUACUCGCCUAGUCAGGCUGGCGUGCAGUUGUUGUACUACACACCCGGUCUGGGCGUGGGUGUCUACUCCGCGGCUAUCAUGUGCAAUGUAUGGCCAGGCCAGACGUUCUUUCCUCUCUUUAUCGGUUCCAUAGUCGAGGCUGCGGGACUCGCGCUGCUCACUUACUCUGUAUCGAUCCGGAAUACUGUCAUGGUUAAUGUCUUUCUCGCUGUUUCGGGAGCAGGUACGGGAUUGCGCUUUAUGCCUGUUGCGCUGCAUGCGGCGGGUGUGUGGUCGACCCGCGUACCCAGUAUGCAGUCGCUGCUUUCUUUUAUGCUGCCGUUGGGCGAAACGGUGGGUAUCUCCAUGAUGGGAAGUGUGUUUUCUAAUAAGCUUUCUACUUUCCUGGCUCAGAUUGCCCGGCGUGCAGAUGGUGCGGCGCUGGGUGGCUCUGGGAUUCCGAGUUUGGAACUGCUGGAUAGUCUUCCGACAGUGGUUAAGAAGGAGGUGCAGGAUGCGGCGGCCAAGGCUGUCAUGUGGGCGUUGAUUUCCGUGCUGCCGUUUAUGGGAAUAGCGGUUAUUGCGGCAGUGUUUCUGGGGAAUGUGUGGAUUGGGAAGGCGGAGAAAGAGGCAAAGGAUGGGAAGAUGGGACGAAAGGCGGAGAAAGGAAAGGUCAUGUAUGGGGUUUACUUAUUUGCAUUGUGUAGGGGGAGUGUGGACGAGCAGAAAAGAAAUCUGGACGUUGAUAUGGAGCGUAAGGAGGUGAAGGUGGAGCAAACGUAG